AGUGAACACAGUGAGAGUGAACGAGAGAACGUGCAGAGGUGCAGAAUCGAAUCAGAAUUAUUAAAGAAUAAGGGAACUCAGAGAACUCAUAUUUGCGGCGGUUGUGUUUGUCCUUUCGGCCAUUUACUUAUAGUAUUUAUUUAUUCAAUUAUUUAUAUACUUAUCAAAGCAUGGCUGACACGAUGCAAGUGCCUGUGCAAGUGAUGAAACCCGAGUGCAUUAAACAGGAGGAAAGAAGCAUGGGGCCUGGCAUGUUGGCUGCUCAGCGUAUGAACAAUAUGCAUGGACGCCCACGAGGCAGACUACCGAGAACAAUACAUCGCCCUACACCUGCAGAACUGCCUUUGGAAGAGGCAGCAAAACGGGAGAUGCAGGCACUUCCCUCCAAAACACCAGUGUCUGUACUGCAGGAGCUGCUCAGUCGCAGAGGAACAACUCCAAAGUAUGAGUUGGUUCAGGUGGAGGGAGCCAUUCACGAGCCGACUUUCCGCUACAGGGUCACCGUCGCAGAUGUCGUAGCAAUGGGUAUCGGCCGGUCUAAAAAGGAAGCCAAGCAUGCAGCAGCAAAAAAUGUUUUGGACAAGUUGAUUGGAAACACUGACCCUAACAUGAUGAAUUCUAUGUCCAACUCUAUUAAUGACCAGUUAUUGACUGGCAACAUGGUUUCCCCAUACGAAGACAAGAUUGGCGGCAAUCCCAUCGGGCUGCUACAGGAACUGUGCAUGUCUCGGCGUUGGCCUCCUCCCACCUACCAGACGGAGCACGAGGAGGGACUGCCUCAUGAGAGACAAUUCACCAUCGCUUGUGUCGUCUUCAAGUUUAAAGAGAUUGGAACUGGCAAAUCCAAAAAGUUGGCCAAACGUCAGGCAGCCAAUAAAAUGUGGAACAAGUUGAAGGAUAUCAAUGUGGAAUCCAACAAUAUCUCAUUCAAUCUUGAAGAUGAAGAGGAGCUUACACAACGCGUAUCUCAGAUUGGUCUUGAGUACGCUGAUCUGAAAGAGGCCAAAAUCUCAACUUUGACAACUGCUCAUAGUCACAAGGUCUCCCAGUUUCACAAGAAUCUCAAAUCAUCCUAUGGUGAAAAGCUGAGUGAAUUACAGACUGUAGUGCUCAGGAACCAAGGGUUUAACUUUGUCCAGUUUCUACAGGAGAUAGCUUCAGAACAGCAGUUUGAGGUCACUUAUGUCGACAUUGAGGAAAAGUCUGUUUCAGGUAAAUACCAGUGCUUGGUACAGCUGUCUACUCUACCAGUGGCUGUUUGUCACGGCUCAGGGACAACUUCCAAGGAGGCACAGACCGCGGCCGCCCACAACGCUCUGGAAUAUCUCAAGAUCAUGACCAAGAAAUGAAGAGACAACGGACGAGCAGACACGGUGGUGCCACUGAAAUAUCGUUUCUGCGACCUCGGAAAGUCAAACUUUGCCCACUUUCAUAGAUUUCUCGAGAUUUCAGAAAUAACAUUUGUUUGUCUUGCACCAGUCUGAUCGGUCACUUGGGCUUUAAACACGUCCUUUACCAAAGGACUUAAGAAUUCUUUCCCCUGAAAAUAAUUUUUCCAUUUGCUGUUAUUAAGUGUACACACUGAGCUUUGCUUGUAGGUGUUUAUCCCUACCACUUUGGUAGAUUUUUUAUGUAACGGGGAAAAAUAAGUUUUCAGGGUAGGGCCACCUUGGACAGUCAUUUUAACCUUUAACUCACUACUUAUUAUUUAGGCAGUAAAUUGCUAAAUUCACUUAUUGUGAGAACAUACCUACGAAUAACGAUAUUUUAUUUUGUAGCUAGUCAUUUUGUGAUAUAUUAUCCGGUUAUGAUUGAAUUUAAGCGUGCCGAAUCUCGAAUUCAAUUUUGAGUCUUUAAAAUGAGUAUUCUUCACAAAUUUUACUGGCAAGUAACUGUAUUUUUAAUCAAUCCUAAAAUAUUGUAUUUAUUUUCAACCAAUUACUGAAACACACCAAAAUUCUCAUAGUGUAGUUGUAGGUACUUAUCUUUCAUCCUAAUCACCAUGCCUAAAUAUAACUCAUAGCACAAGGCAAAUAAAGCAAUAAAUAAUAAACUGCUUUGCUUAACUUGGAUUUUGUAUUUAAUAUCCUCAAUUUGGCUACGUUUAACCUAUCCUACUCAGAUGUUACUGAUAUCGGUUAACACAAUCAGCUUAUUCAGCACAUGGUUGAUUAACAAAAUUUUAAGAAGGUAUGUCAAAAAACAACUAAAAAUCUGUAUUGCCUUUGAAUUAAAUUGUCAUUGUCCGUGUUCUGCUUGUAGGUUAGUCUCAAGGCUUGUUCAGAUUCCAUUUGAUUUACCGUUUAAACGAGGAUUUGGGAUGCGUAAGCUUAAAAUAAGAUUUGAGAUUUGACUCUCAAAAUUCGAUGAAUUUGAGAUUCGGCUCUGAUCUAUCACUUGUAUUAUCCCUUUGUAUAUGGUGCCUCAUUUCCCUUUAGGCCCUAUUUAUAAUAAGUUUAUUAUCAACAAUUGUUUUACUUAAUGGCAGGUCUAUUAACUUGGUUAAAUUUUUCAAACAUUUUGUAUUUAAUAUUCAAUUUUGACACUUCUUGUUUAGCUGUAGUAAAACUCAUUUGGUAAAUACACUAAUAUGUAUCUAGUUUAUGUUAAGUACCGAAAUUCAGUUGUUACUGUAUUUGUUUAUAAGGAUAUGUUUUUUAUGCUAACAUAAUAGAUUUUCAUUAGUCUACUUAGACAAAGUGUUUACACUUUUUCUUCCACCAUGUUUUCAUACUUAGUCAUGGAAACUGGUAACAUGAUACUAUUUCCUUUAUUAGCACUUACAAAAGACAUGUUUAAUUUAAAAAAGAAAACUUUUUUUAAGUUCAGUUAAAAUUUUGAAAUCUACUUUGUGAGUUAACGAGGAUUGAAUUUUCUUUUCAAGAUGGUCCAAAGUUUGCAAGCAAUGCCGUCGAAUUUCAUCUACAAGCUAUACUUUGCAUAGAACUAGUGGAAUUUUCCCUUUCUCUCAAAUAGAGGGACACUACCAGAAAAUUGCAAAAAAGGGAGAGAAUGCAAACUUUUAUUUAACCAUACUUCUUUUUUUGUGUUUUUAUAUUUUUUGUAGUUUUCCUCUGGUGAGCAUAGGUUUUAGGACCGAAUAUUUGGAAAAUGGGCAUUAUUUUAAUGCAAAGUAUAGAGGUUGUAAUCUUAACAUAAUAUUUUAGAUCUAGGUGUCUUAGUGUUGUAGAAGAUUUAUUUAAAAUGUGACACAAAAUAAUUGUAACUUAGUUUAUAUUAAUAUGAUCAAACACUAUCAUAGUUGUAACACAAUACUCAGAUUUAAAACCAAUAUACCAAUAUAACUGCUAUUUCUUUUGUUAAUGCCAGACAGAAUUAGUUUGUGUUUAUUUUUUAAGAAAAUUUUAGGCCUACUAUAUGAAAUAUUAUAAUUCUAAAAUGUACCGUGUUAGUUUUCCUUUUCAUUCAAUAAAUAGGAUUUAUCAUCUCAACAUUUGUGUGUGUAAUACUCAGAUUCUUUUAGUCAUAUGGGCGUAAUACGUUGAGAACACUAAGUGUGUUUGAAUAAAUAGUUCUCAUCACAA